GUUAGGGCCUGCUUACACGCACGCGUUCUGCGUUUGUUUUCGAUGUCUCGGUCGUUUCUUAGAUGAUCACUGUCUAGGAGAUAAUGUGUCUCAGAAACUGUCGUUUUUUCGUGCACUUGCGGGUCAUCCCAGCAAUCUAGCUGGAGCUGCGAAUUUCCCCAUGCACAUACUCUCCAAAUAGCAUUCCAGGCCAAGUCUUGUGCGUUUAUCACCGGGGUUGGCCAAGAUAUAUCGACAUGUCAGGCCAAGCCGGGCUCCAGUAUUCUGCAAAGCGACACAAUGGCGUUGGAAUCUGCAGCGCAGUGAGCUGUUCCAUCCCGGUAUGCUCUUGAGUUUUAUUAUAUAACGGAGGAGAGGAGUCGUAAAUACAUGUAUCCAGCCUCCGUUCCAGCAGCCGUCGCUUCAUCUCGACUGCUGUCGAAUAGUAAAUCAGCUUCUUGUGUAAUAUUUUAUCAGACUGCAGCAUCGCAUAUUUCAUCAUGAAGUUCCACGCAACGGCCCUCGCCAUCGCGUGUGCAGCAAGCUCUGCUUCAGCAGCAGUCGCCCAGCCGCGGGACACGGCCGAGACCACAUCCAAAGGAGAGGAAUUCUCCAUCCCCCAAAUAAAAAACGAGCGAUGGAAAGGAUCCAGUGCUCCGGCUGCCUAUAUUGCAGCUUUGGCAAAGUAUAGCCCUACGUUACCCGACCACCUGAAGCACGCAAUAAAGGUCAAUCCGGGCCUUCGCCGGAAGUUUGGCGGACUUCUUAAUACCGGAAAUCAAACGGGCACUGGUGUCGCGACGCCUUCUCCAGGAUCAGAUGCAGAAUAUGUGAUUCCCGUCCAGAUCGGCACACCUCCUCAAACACUCCCCCUAAACUUGGACACUGGCUCGUCAGAUCUCUGGGUCUUUUCAACAGACACAUAUCCGUCCCAAGUCGAUGGCCAGAAAAUAUAUAAGCCAAAUUCCUCCACCACGUCCAAACACUUGGCUGGAGAAUCCUGGGUCAUCCGAUACGGCGACGGCUCCAACGCCAACGGCAUCGUCUACACGGACCGCGUGCAGAUCGGAAACACCUUCUUCGCCAAUCAGGCCAUCGAGUCCGCAAUCAAUGUCUCCGACGACAUUAGCGACGACGACUUCUCGUCCGGCCUCCUCGGUGCCGCCUUCAGUGGCGCCAACACGGUACGCCCAGACAAGCAGACGACGUAUCUCGACAACAUCAAGGACCAGCUCGUGAAGCCCGUCUUCACCGCCAACCUGAAGAAGGGCAAGCCUGGCAACUACAACUUUGGCUACAUCAAUGCCUCCGAGUACACGGGCAACAUCCAGUAUGCCGCCAUCAAUCCGGGGUCUCCUCUCUGGGAGAUUUCCGUCUCGGGCUACCGCAUCGGCAGCAACGAGACCAACUACGUCUCCCGAGUCUGGAACGCCAUCGCCGAUACGGGCACUACCCUGCUCCUCGCACCAAUCGACAUUGUCAACGCCUAUUACAAGCAGGUCAACGGCUCGACGAUGAACAGUGACUAUGGAAUGAUGAUGGUGCCUUGCAACUCAGCCCUGCCCGACUUUGUUUUCGGACUAGGCACUUACCGAGGCGUCAUCCCGGGCUCAUAUAUGAACUAUGGAAGAAUCAACAGGACGUAUUGCUUUGGGGGAAUCCAGUCCUCUGCGGACGCACCCUUUGCAGUGCUGGGAGACAUUGUCUUGAAGGCUCAGUUUGCCGUCUUUGAUAUGGGCAAUAAGGUUGUGGGAUUCGCAAACAAGCCUCUGUAAAUACUAAAUAGAGAAAUUGAAACUGCUCUUUAUGAGUGGAUGAUGAGAUGAUAUAAUGCUAUUAUUUUAAUCGGCUAUUUGUG